UCCCGGCCCCCGCGCGUGGACCUGCUGGAUCUCGCGGGCAGCCGCCGGGGUCUCUCCGGAGAGAGCAGCGGUGACUGGACGUGGCCGGCUUUUCCAGUCCUCAGCAGCUGAAGAAGGCGCCGGGCACCAGAGGCAUGAAUUACUCACGGUUCCUCACGGCCACCAGCAAGGCCAGGAAGCCCUCCACCCUCCGAGUCCUAACUGACUUACUGAUCGCCUCGCCCAAAUCAGUCAUCUCCUUAGCUACCGGAGCGCCAAAUGAGAAAACGUUCCCGUUUAAGAGCGCGACGAUCACCGUGGAAAAUGGAGAGACCAUCCAAUUUGAAGCCGAGAUGAUGAAGAGAGCUCUUCAGUAUUCUCAAAGUGCUGGAAUCCCAGAGCUGGUAUCCUGGCUAAAACAGCUUCAAGUAAAAUUGCACAAUCCUCCCACCAUCAAUCAUCCCUCCAAUCAAGGAAAAUUGGACUUAUGCGUCACAAAUGGCAGCCAAGAAGGCCUUUGUAAGGUGUUCGAAAUGAUCCUUAACCCUGGAGAUAAUAUCCUCCUAAAUGAGCCUACUUAUUCAGGAACACUUCAUGCUCUACAACCCCUGGGCUGCAACAUUCUUAAUGUUCCCAGUGAUGAACAUGGAAUGAUUCCAGAGUCCCUCAAGGAUAUACUUUCCAAAUGGAAACCCGAAGAUUCUAAGGACCCCAAAAAAAACACCCCCAAAUUACUUUAUACUGUCCCAAAUGGCAACAACCCUACUGGAAACUCAUUACCAGGCAACCGCAAAAAGGAUAUCUAUGAGCUUGCAAGAAAAUAUGACUUCCUCAUAAUAGAAGAUGAUCCAUAUUAUUUUCUCCAGUUCAACAAGCCCUGGGCACCAACAUUUCUUUCCAUGGACACUGAUGGGCGUGUCAUCAGGGCUGACUCUUUCUCAAAAGUCCUCUCCUCUGGGCUGAGAAUAGGAUUUAUAACUGGACCAAAACUCUUGAUAGAGAGAAUCGUUUUACACACACAAGUUUCAACAAUGCACCCCAGCACUUUUGCACAGCUUCUUGUAUCACAACUUCUACACCAAUGGGGGGAAGAGGGCUUCCUGGCUCAUGUACAGAGGGUUAUUGACUUCUACAGUUCCCAGAAGGAUGCAUUAUUGGCAGCUGCAGACAAGUGGUUAAGCGGUUUGGCAGAAUGGCAUGUUCCUACUGCUGGAAUGUUUUUAUGGGUUAAAAUUAAGGGCAUCUCUGAUACAAAACAACUGAUUGAAGAAAAAGCCAUAAAAAGAGAGAUAUUAAUGGUUCCUGGAAAUUCUUUCUUCAUUGAUAGUUCAGCUCCCAGCCCUUACUUUAGAGCAUCCUUCUCCUUUGCAACUCCAGAACAGAUGGAUGUGGCCUUCCAGAGAUUAGCCCAACUUAUAAAAGAAUCUUUAUGAAGAAAUCCAAGUCAUCAGAGUAUUCAUGGAUUUUUUCAGAUAAAUUAUUCACUAUGUUUUAGCAGGAAGACAUCAUCAUUGCUGUAGACAUAUAGUUGAAUUUCAUCAAAUUUUCUGUAGUAAUUUAACUAGGAAAAUUAUAAAUAUUUUCAAAAUUAACUUAUACCAUUUGAUACUCAACCUGCUUUUAUCCCGGACUUCAUAAUAAAGAACU